GAAAGAAAAAGAAAAACCUCACCGGCACUAUAAAAGUCGCGUAGAUCAUCCCCCCAACUACUCUAGAAACUUCCUCUGCCUAAAAAAUACUCUUAUCGUUUUAUAAACCUACUCGCUAGUUUUUCUUCUUCUUCUCCCUCGAAAUCACAAGUCUCUGUGUUCGCGUUCCGGCGAUUUCCUGUUUGACUAAGCUUUCAGGGAGAAUACUCUUCUCUGAGUCUCGGUUUUUUGUGUAGAUUUUGGGUUUUUGCUUCGAUUUUUACAUUCUUAGGGUUUGGGUUCGUGAUGACUGAGAAGGAUUCAGUGUUUCAGCCUCGCGAUUGGUCGCUACUAGGGGAUGAUUGCUCCGGAGGCUUUGGAUUUGGAGCCGAAGACGAGGAUCUUAUGGUUGAUAUAGAAUCGAUUUAUCAGAUUCUCGAUGAGGAGCCUGCUUCUAUGGAGGUUAGUCAGGAAAUGGUGACUCCGGUUGGUUCAUCUAUUGUAGAGUCUGGCGAGCUUAGGAACACACUGAUGCAAAGUGGAUCUCAGGCCACUGAUUGGAUUCCUUCCCGGGAUUUCUAUGGUCCUGAAGCCUCACAGAGUGUAAUAGCAGUCCCAAGUUCAUUAGCUGACCCUAGGAAUGAAGAAUUGGGACCAACUGCUACUUGUUUCUCUGAAUAUGGUGGCAAUGUGGUCUCUAAUCCUGUAAAUGGUGAAUACGGCACUGUAUCCAACCUGGAUGACAUGACAAUUGAUUCCAAAUGUACACCUUGCAGCCCCACUAUGGUGACUCCCUACUUCGGUGACAUGUCGCGAAAUAACUCAGGAUUUGGAGCUACACAAAAUUCCUCCCUGAUGUCUCAUUUCUCUCAUAAUUCCAGUCAUGUUAUUGAUUCUGCUGAUAAUUGUGCCUUUUCUGGACCAUAUGUCCACCAUACAAUGGAUGCAUCCCUGUCAGAAAUCUCCCCUAGUUAUGCAUUCCAGUUCUUUCCCAAAAAAGAAGAAUGUGUAAUUAACAUGGAGAGCGGAUUUAGGGAGUGUCAGUCAGAUGAUACAAAUCCCAGGGUUUUUGAGAGUCACGUGGUACUAGAUAAUGGAACUUCAGAGAGAAACUCUGGGAUUUAUGUAAGCAGUGAAAGAGAACUCAGCAUCAAAUGUGAAAUCAUUCCUUCAGUUUCCUCAGCCUAUGUCAAACCAUACAAUAGUUUUGAUGGUCAUCGAGUUGAUACGGAGCUUGAGCAGCCUUAUAAUUGUUCAAGCAGUUUUCAGGAGAAUAGAGCAGUCCAUUUGUAUGUUAAACCAGAGCUUGAGUUGGAGAACACAGCUUACAGUUCAGUUCCUGGGAACUAUAGUAUAUGCAGUGAUGUUCAAAGAGUUGAAGGAACGACUUUGCAAUGGUCUGGUGUCUCUAAUUGCCCAAUCUCCUAUCAAACAGAUGUCGGGAAAGAAUAUUCAUAUAUGGCACCCCUGACUUCUUUCCCUGGCCAAGUUAUUGACGACAGAAGCUUCAAUAAUUUUUUUGAUUCAGAUGGCUGUUUGCAAAACGUAGCAGAUCCUGACCCAGUAAAGUCAUGCACUGAUUACUUGGAUAUUCUGGUAGGAGACGAGGACCAAGAAUAUAUUAGGAAGGCAGGCUUUAAUCUUUCUAGUUUCAGCUCUGGAACCGUUGAAAGUCCUUCAGAAUGUGUACCCGAUCAAGACGAUGAUUCUGAUAUUUAUAAAUUAGAAUCUUCUGGUGAAUUUGUUCAUCUCAACCAAUAUCUAGAUGUGCAGAGACCGGUGUUUUCUUCAGAACAUUCUACAGUCAGUCAAACUUCUAAUAAUAGUGGAGUCUUGAAGUUUGAGUCAGACAAGGAAAACAUGACCUUUCAUGCUGAAUUGAAGGAUCUCUCUCAGUCUAGUUCUGAAGCAAGUCCUCCUGACGGUGUCUUGGCAGUCUCGCUUCUUAGACAUCAGCGUAUUGCAUUGGCAUGGAUGUCCGAAAAGGAGACUAGCGGGAACCCUUGUUCUGGGGGAAUUCUUGCUGAUGAUCAGGGACUUGGAAAAACAAUUUCUACAAUAGCGCUUAUACUGACAGCACGGUCUACGCCUUCUUUACCAUGUGAAGAAGAUUCAAAGAAUAGAGGAAGCCAAUUUGAUCACUCUCAAGUGGAUUUCAAUGGAAACAAAGUCCGCGAAAAUAGUUUAUGCGAGAUGAAUGGACGGCCAGCUGCCGGAACUCUUAUUGUCUGUCCCACUAGCCUGAUGAGACAGUGGGAUGAUGAAUUACGCAAGAAGGUUACUCUUGACGCAAAUCUCUCUGUUCUGGUAUACCAUGGUUGUAGCAGAACAAAGGAUCCUUACGAGCUAGCUAAAUAUGAUGUUGUCAUUACCACAUAUUCCCUUGUGAGCAAGGAAGUCCCAAAACAGCCUUUUGAUAAAGCUGAUGAGGAGAAGGGUGGCAUACAUAAUGGUGGAUUCAAAUCUUCUGGUUUUAACUCAAACAAAAAAGAUCCACCAAAUUCUCAAGAGAAGGGCACAAAGAAGAGAAAACGUAGGGACUGUAAACCUGCUGCUUUUCUGUCUGGCCCUCUCGCGCAGGUUUCAUGGUUUAGAGUUGUUUUAGAUGAAGCUCAGAGCAUUAAGAAUCACGAAACCCAAGUUGCAAAGGCUUGUUCAGAGCUUCAUGCUAAGCGUAGGUGGUGUUUGUCUGGCACUCCUAUCCAAAAUUCAAUUGAUGACCUCUACAGCUACUUCAGAUUCCUUAAGUAUGAUCCUUACUCUAGCUACCAGACGUUUUGUGACACGAUAAAGAACCCCAUCAGUAGGCACCCGGUGAAAGGAUACCAAACGUUGCAGGCUAUCCUGAAAAAAACAAUGCUUAGACGAACCAAAGAUACACUUCUUGAUGGAAAACCCGUAAUCUCUUUACCUCCGAAGUCCAUUGAGUUGAGGAGAGUGGACUUCACCAAGGAAGAACGUGAUUUCUACUCAAAGUUAGAGUGCGACUCUCGUGACCAAUUCAAGGAAUAUGCAGAAGCUGGAACGGUGAAGCAAAAUUAUGUAAAUAUAUUGUUGAUGCUGUUGCGUCUUCGUCAAGCUUGUGGUCACCCUCUUCUCGUAUCCACUUCAUCAUGGACAUCUUCAGCUGAAGUGGCCAAGAAGCUUCCAUACGAGAACCAAUACUAUCUUCUUCAUCGGUUAAAAGCUUCAGCAACUUGUGGCAUCUGCAAUGGUGCACCCAAAGAUGCUAUUGUUUCAAUCUGUGGUCACGUUUUCUGUACACAGUGCAUUUGUGAAUUCCUUACUGGCGAUAAUAAUCAAUGCCCACAAUCAUUCUGCAAAGCUGGACUUGAGAUUUCAUCAUUAUUUUCCAGAGAAACACUGGAAAAAGCUAUGCUUGGCUUGCAUAAACUUGAUGCUCCAUAUAAUCGUACCAUUUCAGAUCCUGUUGGGAAUGAUGAGCCUUGUAUUGAAAAAUUGCCAUGUGGUUCAUCCAAAAUCAAGGCUGCUCUAGAUAUCUUGCAAUCACUGAGCAGACCAAAUAGUCCGACAACUGUAAUAAAUGAUUUGAAUCAGAGUUCUGAAAAUGGAGAGAAGAAUCAGCAGCUUGAAAAGUCAUCCAGUUUACCUGCAACUCCAGAAAAGAGUAGCGUGGAUGGUCUGGUUAAGGUAGUUGGAGAAAAAGCCAUUGUAUUUAGCCAAUGGACAAAGAUGCUGGACUUGCUUGAAGCUUGUCUUAAGAGUUCGGGUAUUCAGUAUAGAAGGUUUGAUGGAAAAAUGACAGUAGCAGCUCGAGAUGCAGCAGUGCAAGAUUUUAAUACUCUCCCUGAGGUUUCUGUUAUGAUAAUGUCUCUCAAAGCUGCAAGUCUUGGGCUAAACAUGGUGGCAGCUUGUCAUGUUCUGAUGCUGGACUUAUGGUGGAAUCCGACCACUGAAGAUCAAGCAAUUGACAGAGCACACCGUAUUGGACAGACACGACCAGUAAAAGUGGUGCGGUUCACAGUAAAAGAUACAGUUGAAGAUCGCAUAUUAGCCCUUCAGCAAAAGAAGAGAAUGAUGGUAGCUUCUGCAUUUGGAGAAGAUGAAAAGGGUAGUCGCCAAUCACAUCAAUUAUCUGUGGAAGACUUGAACUAUCUGUUCAUGGCAGAUACUUGAGAAGCUUUUCUGACAAACUCAGGUACAUAUAAUAUAGGUUUUUCUGUCUUUGUGCAGCUUUUUAGCAGAAAAAAAUCUUUUGAAUUAGCUAAAGGUUCGUGCAAACAAGGAACUAGGGAGAAAGAAAAAGUUAGCUUUGCUUUUAUAUAGAAUGAAAUUGAGCAUUAUAAGAAAAAUCUGUAAAAACAAUGAGAUUGAUUUGUACAUCAAUUUCUAGUUCCUUAACCAAAUACAGUUUCGUGAUAAAAAUAUGACUAUACAAACAUUACAGCAAGAAUGACAAUAAAUUCCAUCAAA